GAGAGAGAGGGCUUGUCAGCGCAUGCGUCUUCCCUGUCUACUCAGUCAUGGCUGCUUUGCGGGCGACUACUUCCUUACUUCUCUCGAGAGUUCCGCUGAGAGGUUGCCGCUCGUUUAGCAACAGCAGCCCCCGGAGCCGAGCCGUUACGGUGCCCGAGCGUAUCGAAGAGAAGCGUCGCGCUGCGUUGCUCGGAGGCGGUCAGGCCCGCAUAGAUGCACAGCACAAGCGGGGAAAGUUGACAGCCAGAGAGCGUAUUCUACUGUUAUUGGACCCUGACAGUUUUGUAGAAUAUGACAUGUUUGUGGAACACAGGUGUGCCGAUUUUGGGAUGGAGGCUGACAAAAACAAAUAUCCUGGGGACAGUGUGGUAACUGGCCAGGGUAGAAUUAAUGGGAGACUGACUUACGUCUUCAGUCAGGACUUUACUGUGUUUGGAGGAAGUUUAUCUGGAGCACAUGCUCAAAAGAUCUGCAAGGUUAUGGAUCAGGCUGUUAUGGUUGGUGCUCCUGUUAUUGGACUGAAUGAUUCAGGAGGGGCCCGUAUUCAAGAAGGCGUAGAAUCUUUGGCUGGUUAUGCUGACAUUUUUUUACGAAAUGUUUUAUGUUCUGGAGUAGUACCACAGAUUUCACUUAUCAUGGGUCCUUGUGCAGGAGGCGCUGUCUACUCUCCUGCUUUAACAGAUUUCACGUUCAUGGUAAAGGAUACAUCCUAUCUAUUUAUAACUGGUCCUGAUGUAGUCAAAUCAGUUACCAAUGAAGAUGUAACUCAGGAACAACUUGGGGGUGCAAAGACACAUACUGCAGUAUCAGGGGUUGCACAUUGUGCUUUUGAAAAUGACAUAGAUGCUUUGCUCAACCUUAGGGAGUUUUUUAAUUUCCUACCACUUAGCAACAAGGAGCCAGCUCCUGUCAGAGAAUGCCAUGACCCUAGCAACCGUUUGGUAUCUGAAUUGGAUACAAUUGUCCCAAUGGAAUCAACUAAAGCUUAUGACAUGGUGGAUAUUGUACAUGCGGUUGUUGAUGAGAGAGAAUUUUUUGAAAUCAUGCCCUCCUAUGCCAGAAAUCUAAUUGUUGGAUUUGCCAGAAUGAAUGGAAGAACUGUUGGAAUAGUUGGUAACCAACCUAAAGUAGCUUCAGGCUGCUUGGACAUAAAUUCUUCUGUGAAAGGAGCCCGUUUCGUUCGCUUCUGUGAUGCUUUCAAUAUUCCUCUGAUCACAUUUGUAGAUGUGCCUGGAUUUUUACCAGGGACUGCUCAGGAAUAUGGGGGAAUUAUACGUCAUGGUGCAAAGUUGCUUUUUGCUUUUGCAGAAGCAACUGUGCCAAAAAUCACUAUUAUCACAAGGAAGGCUUAUGGUGGGGCCUAUGAUGUCAUGAGUUCAAAGCACCUGAGGGGAGAUGCAAAUUACGCUUGGCCAACAGCAGAGGUAGCGGUGAUGGGCGCUAAGGGAGCUGUUCAGAUCAUUUUUAGAGGAAAGGGGGCAUAUGCAGAAGCAGAAUACAUAGAAAAGUUUGCAAAUCCAUUUCCAGCUGCAAUCAGAGGAUUUGUAGAUGACAUCAUUCAACCUUCGACUACCCGACUUCGCAUCUGCCGUGAUUUGGAAGUGCUGGCAAGCAAAAGACAAUCCAACCCCUGGAAAAAGCAUGCCAACAUUCCACUCUGAAUCUGCUUCAAAUUAAUCUAAAACUUAAGAAAAUCAGUGCACCCCUGCCAUAUUUAUUGAUUCAAAUCCUAUGACACUUUAGGAUUUUUCAGUGGACAAAAAUCUGUAAGGAAUGAAGUUCUGUAAGAUUUUAGCCUAUUAGAAAGGUUCAUAUUUAAGUUGACAUGAUUAAAGCUGAACACAAAUUCAUCCACAAAUUUAAAAUAACAUACUGAUACAGAAGCUAUACUAUGAAAUAAAAUACUUCAAAUUCUUCAAGCAAAAUAUCCAAGGAAAGUUAUUUUAAAGGUGACUGAAAAAAAUAAUCGUGCAAAGCAGGAUAUGAAUUAGAAAGCACCGAUCUAGCAUUCAUCACAGGCUUUUAAGGCAUAUGCUGCUGCUCAACAUAAACCUCCAAAUAUGUCUAUAAAUCAGAUUUCAAUUUAAAAGUCAACAACCUGAACUUCCCCCAACUCCAGGCAAAGCAAAGGUAGGCUGAAGUUCCCCAGAACCAUAAGCCUGAAGAACACCACCAGCAAGCCUGCCACAGAGUCAAGCAGUUCAGGCAGGGAAGCUUCUGCAUAGCAGGGAGGCUGGUACACAAGUGGCAAACUCAUCUGAUCCUGAUGGCCCAAUUUCACAAACAAGGUGCCGCAUCCAGUUAUCUGUGGAGAUGCCUCCCUGGAAGCCACCAAAGUCUCCCAGAUGUUAAAAUUAUGAUCAAGAAUGGAUAGAACAAAAAAUCUCUUAAGGUAACAAAACUAGUUCACAAAGAAUAGUACUGAGGAAGACGCUUUGCAUACAAAAAUAGUUACAACUGUUACGGGAAUCUCUUCCAAGGCUCUUCUUUAAGUGUUAGAAAAAUUACAAUAAAUUUCCAUUAUAAACAUUUUAGAGGAGAGUUAUAUAAAUGGGUAUCCGUUAUGACUAUACAAAAGAGAGAGGUUUUGUGACACACAGUGUAAAAAAAGCAAUUCUCUGAAUUAUUAAACCAAGGCUUGUGUGGAUAUUUUGAUGUUCCUGGCCAUUUCCACAUGUGCAUGGAUGUGCAACAAUUUUGCUUCUAUGUGGUAUAAAGCACCUUAGUAUGCAUAUAACUAUAGGCAUUUUUAAGGCCCAUUUUAUCACUGUAUUCAUUGCUAUUGUAGUUCAGAGACGGAAUUUAGAGACCAAUUAAAACACAAGCAUGUAAGAAAGGAAUGGGUAAUUAAUCUUAUGCAAAAAUGAAUGAAUAGGAAAUAUUAUGGAACUGACAUUGUUAAAGCAGUUUUGUUUUUUUUUUAAUGUCAGCACUGAGCCAUGUGGUGGAGUGGUUAAGCUGUUGGACUGAUACUCGGAAGAUCCAGGUUCUAGCCCACUCUCAAACACAGCAGCUCACUGGGUGAUUAGGCCAGUCACACUUUCAGUUCAUCCUUUCCCCUUUGUUAGGGGGAAACAAAGGAGGAGGAAGCAGUAUGUAUGCUAUCUUGUAUGACAUCCUCACCAGGACAAGUGGAAUAUAAAUCUCACAAAUAAAUAGCUGAGAACAGAACGCAAUUAUCCAAAAGCCAGCAAUGUGUUUUAUUAAAAUGUCUGCAUAUUGUGCAGAUUAAGGAUGCAUUCUGGAAUUUGAAAAGUUACUAGUAUUUACCACAGAUGCUUUAAUGAACACAGGAUAAUUAAUUAAACCACCUGCCAGUAUAGCUGUCUCAUUCAAGAUAUAUUAAACUAAUCUUAGAUAAAAUUAGCAGCUGGUAAUGCCAGCACAAUAUUAAAAGAACAGGAUUACUCAGGCUAAUGCAGUUAGAAAAUGUUAUUGCAACUAAAUCAAAAUUACAACUCCAGGACAAAAAAUAGAGACUUUGCACCAAAUAUUAAAAAUACUUGACUAAGACUUACUGAAUCAACUGUGAUUCAUCAAAAUAUCAAAGACUAUAUUCUCAUGAUACACCUAGCCAUUGUUUACUUAAAGCAGAUUUCAAGGUUCACACAUGCUAAAGUAUGCUUGGUUAAUUUGUGGUUCAGUAUAUCAUGUGAACACUCUUAUUAGUGUGUAGGACAAGACUGCUACAGAAAUGAUAUAAGAGCUCACAAGGCCUCUCUGAAGUCUAGUACAAAUUGUUCCACUUUUAAUCAGCUGGAAGAUAUUCACAUAAUGAGGGGAGACAGCAGAAAUGGUAUGAAAGUCUGAAUUUUUUGCUCAUUUGGCUGUCCAUAUUGUAUACUUCCUCAUUCAAUUCAUAUUCUGCCUUUCCGCCCUGAAUCAGCACUUACGGUGUUAAUCAUAGAAAAUGUAAUAUACCACCUUCUCAAAAUAAA